AUGGAGAGCCCCGCGGGCGGCGCGGCGGCGGAGCCCGCGCACCCCGGCGCGGAGCCAGAGCCGCCGACCCCCGGCCCGGCCGAGGGCGGCGGGGAGACGGCGGAGGGCGGCCCGGCGGCCCCGCGGUCCCGCUGUCUGCGGGCCGUGUACGUGCUGAACGACCCGCCCAAGGCGGGGGCCGGGGCGCGCAGCCCCGAAGCCGGGGCGAGGCAGUGCCUGCUGCGGGCGUGCGAGGCGGAGGGUGCGCAGCUCGGCACGGUCAACUUCGGGGAGUUGGACUUCGGGGAGACGGCGGUGCUGGACGCCUUCUACGACGCGGAUGUUGCAGUUGUGGAUAUGAGUGAUAUUUCCAAGCAACCAUCACUGUUCUACCACCUUGGUGUGCGUGAAAGCUUUGACAUGGCAAAUAAUGUUAUACUCUACCAUGGCACUGAUGAUGACACUGCCCAGUCUCUCAAAGAUAUGGUAUCUCAGAAAAAUACAGCUUCCAGUGGAAAUUAUUAUUUCAUUCCAUACGUUGUUAGCCCUUGUGCUGACUACUUCUGCUGUGAAAGUGAUGCCCAGAGAAGAGCUUCUGAGUAUAUGCAUCCCAACUGGGACAAUAUCUUGGGGCCACUCUGUGUCCCCCUGGUGGACAGGUUUAUCAGCCUUCUCAAGGAUGUUCAUGUUACAUCAUGUGCCUAUUAUAAAGAAACACUGCUAAAUGAUAUUAGGAAGGCUAGAGAGAAGUACCAAGGAGAUGAACUGGCUAAGGAGCUGGCUAGAAUUAAGCUUCGUAUGGAUAAUACUGAAGUGCUGACUUCUGACAUUGUCAUAAACCUGCUUCUUUCUUACCGAGAUAUACAGGACUAUGAUGCUAUGGUAAAGCUGGUAGAAACACUAGAAAUGCUUCCUACAUGUGACCUGGCUGAUCAACACAACAUUAAGUUUCAUUAUGCAUUUGCUUUGAACAGAAGGAAUAAUGCAGGUGACAGGGAGAAGGCACUACAAGUCAUGCUUCAGGUCCUGCAGACGUGUGAUCACCCUGCUCCAGAUAUGUUUUGCUUAUGUGGAAGGAUAUAUAAGGAUAUGUUUCUUGACUCUGACUGUAAAGAUAUCAGCAGUCGAGAUCAUGCCAUUGAAUGGUACCGCAAAGGGUUUGAACUCCAGUCAACACUGUAUUCAGGAAUUAACCUUGCAGUUUUACUACUUGUUGAAGGACAGCAGUUUGAAAGCUCAAUGGAACUGAGAAAAAUAGGUGUACGGUUAAACAGUUUAUUGGGAAGAAAAGGGAGCCUAGAAAAAAUGAACAGUUACUGGGACGUGGGACAGUUCUUCAGUGUGAGCAUGUUGGCUAAUGAUGUUAGUAAAGCAGUUCAAGCAGCAGAGAAACUAUUUAAGCUGAAACCUCCAGUAUGGUACUUGAAAUCAUUAGUUCAGAAUCUGAUGUUAAUUCAGCGUUUCAAGAAAUUCGCCAUAGAACAUUCUCCUAAACAAGAAAGAUUGACUUUCUGGCUGGAUAUAAUUUUUGAGGCAACGAAAGAAACUACUAAUGGACUGAGAUUUCCAGUUUUGGUGAUAGAACCAACUAAAGUCUACCAGCCUGCAUAUGUUUCUAUCAACAGUGAAGAAGAUGAGAGAUCUCUUUCCUUGUGGCAUGUCUCUCCCACUGAAAUGAAACAGAUUCAUGAAUGGAACUUUGCAGCUUCUUCCAUAAGGGGAAUAAGUAUUUCCAAGUUUGAUGAACGAUGUUGUUUUCUUUACGUGCAUGAUAACUCUGAUGAUUUUCAAAUCUACUUUUCUACAGAAAACCAGUGCAGUAGGUUCUGUGGGUUGGUGAAAGAAAUUUUGUCUGAUGCAGUUGGCAGUACUUUGGAACUAGAAGGAGAAAUAGAUGGAGAAACAUUGGAGUACGAAUAUGAUUAUGAUGAGAAGGGUGACAGAGUAGUUCUAGGAAAAGGUACUUAUGGGAUAGUAUAUGCUGGAAGAGACCUUAGCAACCAGGUGCGAAUAGCCAUCAAAGAAAUACCUGAGAGAGACAGCAGAUAUUCUCAACCUCUUCAUGAAGAGAUAGCACUGCAUAAAUAUUUAAAGCAUCGGAAUGUUGUCCAAUAUCUUGGAUCCAUUUCAGAGGAUGGAUACAUUAAGAUUUUUAUGGAGCAGGUGCCAGGAGGCAGCCUCUCAGCUCUUCUGAGGUCUAAGUGGGGGCCAAUGAAAGAACCCACAAUUAAAUUUUACACCAAGCAGAUUCUGGAAGGCCUUAAGUAUCUCCAUGAGAACCAGAUUGUACACAGAGAUAUAAAGGGGGAUAACGUGUUGGUGAACACCUAUAGUGGCGUGGUAAAGAUAUCUGAUUUUGGUACUUCCAAACGGCUGGCAGGAAUCAAUCCGUGCACUGAAACGUUUACGGGCACGUUGCAGUACAUGGCUCCAGAAAUCAUUGACAAGGGACCACGAGGAUAUGGUGCACCAGCUGAUAUCUGGUCGCUAGGCUGUACCAUGAUUGAAAUGGCAACAGGAAAGCCUCCAUUUCAUGAGCUAGGAGAGCCUCAAGCAGCAAUGUUUAAAGUUGGGAUGUUUAAGAUUCAUCCUGAAAUUCCAGAAUCGUUAUCUGCUGAAGCAAAAGCCUUUAUUUUGCUUUGUUUUGAACCUGAUCCCUGUAAGCGUGCUACAGCGUCUGAUUUGCUCAGAGAUUCUUUCCUGAAACAAGUCAACAAGGGCAAGAAAAGCAGAAUCGCAUUCAAGCCUUCAGAUUACAAUCGGAACGCAUCCCUCCCGCUGCCAAUCCACGGAGAACAGGCUGGCAGCAGCAGCAGCGAGCACGGCUCUGUUUCUCCAGACUCUGAUGUACAGCAUGAUGUGUUUUUUGAGAGGCCAAAGAGAUCCAUUUCGGAGAUUCAGACAAGGCAUCCCAUUGCCCAUUUAUUGAGUGUGCCUGAUGAGGGCCUGGCCCUGGAGGACAGAAGUUUCUCUCCUUCCAGUGAGGAUAAGGAUUGUGGUCUGUUCCUGCUACGGAAGGACAGCGAACGCCGGGCAAUUCUAUAUAAAAUUCUCAAGGAAGAACAGAAUAAAGUUGCUUCAAAUCUGCAGGACUGUAUUGCACAGAGCUCUGAAGAACUGCAGCUUUCAAUGGCCCACAUCAAGCAAAUUAUUGGGAUUUUAAGGGACUUCAUACACUCUCCUGAGCACAGAGUGAUGGCUUCUACCAUAUCCAAAUUGAAAAUGGAUCUGGACUUUGACAGCACUUCCAUCAAUCAGAUUCAUCUGGUGCUCUUUGGAUUUCAGGAUGCGGUUAACAAAGUGUUAAGAAAUCAUUUAAUAAGGCCCCACUGGAUGUUUGCAAUGGACAAUAUAAUUCGCCGUGCAGUCCAAGCAGCGGUCACCAUUCUUAUUCCAGAACUUCGUGCUCACUUUGAGCCAGCAUCAGAAACUGAGGGUGGCGACAAAGAUUGCGAUGAAGUGGAAGAGAGUUUCCGGCCCUCUGAACAAAAUGGGACAGAGGACGCUGCAGUCACAUCAGGAGUUAGCACCCUCAGUUCCGUGGUGUCACACGAGGCUCAGCAGCAGCUUAGCCUGGAAUUGGGCAGACUGAAACAAGAGACCAUAAGGCUUUUGGAAAAACUCGUUCAGAAGGAGAAGGAGUAUCAGACACUCUUACAACGAUCUUUGGAGCAAAAAACACAGGAACUGCACUUGCUUCAAUUAAGACUUAAACCUGGAGACUGGCAGUGGCCUGCAUCAGCUUUAAAAGAGAAUGCAGACCCAGAGCUCACAAACUGGCUGAAACAACAAGGGGCAGACCCGGAUACCAUUAGAAGGUUUGCUGAAGAGGAUUAUACACUGAGUACUGUCCUUAAUGACAUCACUAAGGAUGAUUUGCGAUGCCUUCAACUGCGUGGCGGACUUCUCUGCAGAAUUUGGAAUGCAAUAUUAACCCACCGACAAACGCCUGAUAAGUCCAUGGAGGCAGAAGGAUAGCUCUUUGGAAACAGAUGUGUAAUGGGAGUAAGCAAAUGAAAGAUAGAUACAUUCCUAAAUUAUUGGAUGUAUAUAUGUACGUAGUCUCCCUGCUUUGCAGGUUUUGCACAAUUACAUAGCUCUUUGACCAUCAGCAUAAUACACAGUAAGUAGUAACAGUUUAUGGAAGAGUAGCACAGAAGACAAAUGCCCUAUCACUGUAAAUAUAAAGCCUUAGCUGAGACAGAGUUGAUUUUCUUCAUAGUGUCUGCUAAGGUUUGGCUCUAGGAGAAAAACAAUGUUGAUAACAGACCAAUGUUUUAGUUGUAUCUGAGCAGUGCUGCCUAGGUCUGAGGACAUUUUGUUUUUUUAGCUUCUUGUACUGUCCUAAUAGAGAAGUGGCUGAGGGGAAUACAGGGAGCUGGGAGGGGCAGAAUGAAGACUGUACCAGGCACCUGAAUUGGCUUUAGCAUUGUGCACACUGAACUUAGAAUGGGUGACAGGUGUGCUGGCUGAUGGUUUAAGCAGGAAGGGGUUAAGCUGUAGUGUAUGUCACUUCUUCCUCUACAACUGUACAUAGCUUUGUGUAUGAAAGCUACUCUCAGUGAGCAACUAAGCAAAGCCUGCAUGAUGGUUUUGAUUUGUAAUUUGGCUCCAGUAAAAACGUGGCAAACCUAUUUAUUUUCUUUAUCAACUGCUUCAAAAAAAAAAAAAAAAAAAAAAAAGCAGGAAACCAGAUUAAAUGUUGUUAAAGUUUAAUUUUAUUUCUUUUUAUUUUUACACUGUACAUGACAAAUACAGCAAUCCAAAGAGAACCUGUGAAGCAAAUAUAUAGCAAUUUAAAUAAACUGCUGCUUUCUCAUUGUUCAGCUCCUUCAGCAACAACAUUCAGGCAUGUUUAAAACAAUCUGUACUGUGAGGGGACUGCCUCACUCAACACCUCUUCUUUUGAAAGAGGAGGUGUUAAAUAAAGAUUAAGGUUUCUGAGUCAUUACAGUUCUUGUAAAUGCACUCACUCUUACGAAUGGCUGAGAGACUUAUACUUUAUCCACUGGCUGGGACCACGCACUUCAAAGGGCGGCUCAUUGAAGUAAACGUGGUUACCGAGUUCUUCCAGUGGGGGCUCUGGGUCAGUGGUAGCAAACUGAGCAGCUUCCUCUAUCUCUUUUCUCACUGCCACAUCGAUUUCCUAAACAAAGAAACGCUAAUUAGAAGACAUCUUAGAAAAAGCAUCAAUAUACUGAAUUUAAAAGUGAUGAUGAAACAUUGAUCAGACCUAGUAUUAAAGCUGCCUAUAAAAAAUUAGAGAACUGUAAGUUUCUUCCCUUCUAAAGCAAAGAACAGUACCGUUAAUUAUCUCAGAGGAACAAGACCACAAUGAGCAUUUUCUUUCUUGCAUUCUCUUUCGGCAAAGCAAUGCAAGUAUACAGAGAAAUGUGACUGAAACCCUGCAGGUCAGGCAUAAACGCGCCCAACUUCUGAUGCAUGGACCUUUACAAGCUCCAAGGAGAUCUCAAUAGCAGAAUAAUCAGGAUAUUUACACCACUUGCUUAGGGAGCUUCUGGCUCCUUCACUAAGAUUCUUUACUACCACUGACCAGUGCCGAUGUAAGACUCAAAGUUCAGAGGCUUACCUGCUUUCUAGCUCAUGUGGACAAUUUUGUUUUCUUAGACGCCAGCGUGAAAAGAGAUGUAUUUGAAACGCUAACGCUCACAAACCUUGCACUGAGUUACACUCAGCACCCAAAAGCAAAAAGCAGUUCCUGCACAGCACAACUGCAUUAGCUAGUGUGCAACAAAAUUUUAUUAUCAAUCACCAAAAAGUUACAUCCUAAUAAAAAAGCUCAAAGAACAAGCGAAUAAGUAGGAGAUAAAUAGUACAUGAAUGUAAAAGAGCUUACUUAAAUAUUUACUAAAAGCCAUACCUUUAAUUCUUCAACGCUAGCAAGGUUAUUGUUGAUCAUUCUGUCCUUCAGCAAAGUAAUGGGAUCACUUUUGCUUCUCACUUCUUGAAUUUCUUCUCUAGUGCGAUAGCUAGGAGGAACACACGCAAACAGAUGAACUUCAAUAAUUCUCUUGAAUCAAAGUGAUGAUGCAGCUCAUUUUUAGAGAAAAGGUGUCAGGAAUGCAAUGAAAAUACAGCAGUAUUCAUUAUCCAAAGUACAGCAUGGCUACAUUCAGAAGACUUCUUAGAUUUGAAAGUGGAAACUGAAAUAGAUCCAGACUUAAAUAUGAUGUGGGCAGGAGAAGGAAAGCUGGUGUAGCUGAGAUGGCUAGUAUGAAGCUGUAUUUCUCCCUCCCUAUCUCUACUAAUGGAAAGAGCAGUGGGGGCUCUAUGACUUGCUUUGUGCUAUUAGCUUGGGUCACAGAACUUACAGAAGGAUACGUUUAAUGAACUCAAUCAAAACUUCCAAUUCACUACAGGUUUCCAAUGAAGCGUUAAGGUAUAUGACUACUUCAUGUAAUCAGUCUGAAUUUGUUGCAUGGUUCAAGGCCCUAGGCUUUUUGGCACCUGUAUGCUUGUGCUGCUUAAGAAGCGAAGUGUUCCAUUUGACUGGACACUCCAGCUGUUCCUUUACUUUUAGCUUAUAGGAUUUUUAUAUACUCCAAAAACCCUGGAAAAGUGCACUGCUUUUCAGUCAAAGCUUUCUUAGAAUAAUGCCACAAAGUCGUACAGAAUGCAGAAUUCAUUAAUAAAAGGUACAGAAAUUGA